AUAGAAUCCAUCACAAUAGAAUCAUAUCACAACUCAAGCUAAAAUUCACAAUGGCUUCAAGAGGUGUGAUUUUCAUUGUUUUCAACAUUCUCUUGUUCACAAUGGUGAGCUCAAAUAAGGACAAUUGCCCUCCUCCAUCUAAACCUCCAGUCCCGGCCCCAGCCCCCAAGCCGCCAUCCCCAGCCCCCAAGCCGCCGUCCCCAGCCCCUAAGCCGCCAUCCCCAGCCCCCAACCCAUCGUCGAAGGGGAAGUGCCCCAAAGACACACUCAAAUUGGGAGUGUGUGCCAACUUGUUGAAUGACUUGGUGCACCUUGUGGUGAGAAACCCUCCCAAGACCCCAUGCUGCACCCUCAUCAAGGGUUUGGCGGAUCUCGAGGCCGCGGUGUGCCUGUGCACUGCCCUUAAGGCUAAUGUGUUGGGAAACAACCUCAAUGUGCCCAUCUCUCUCAGCUUGCUCUUGAACUACUGCGGCAAGAAGGUGCCCACUGGCUUCCAAUGCCCAUAAUAGAUCAUGUUUAUCUGUAGUUCAAAGUCAAAACAUGUUGUUUCUUUAUUGUUAUAGUAAUAUAUAUGUAUGGGGAGUUGUGUUGUGUUUAGAUGUGUUAGAUUUGUUAUGUGAUUUUGAGUGGUCCAUUUUAUAGUGAAGAAGGUGUUCCACUUUUUAUGUCAUUGUAUCUGUGGUUUGUAUAGCAAUAAAGUGAUUCCCCAUUUUCAGUUUUA